UUCAUGUGUGUUCAUUCCUCGUUUAUUGCGAUCUAAACUAGAAUUUGGAAGAAAAUAAUCUAAAAAAUUGGUUCCUACUUUUGCGAUUUUUCAUUCCGUGAUCUCUCCUUUUGGUAGAAAGAGCUCCUAGAUUCGGAUGAAUGGAUGCGUGAUUCCGCACACGCCAAUAGCAGUUGAUUGUUGGCAAAGACGGCUUGUGCAUGCCAAAAUAUGUUUUCUAACUCACAUGCACACAGACCAUACUCAAGGGUUAACCUCAUCUUGGGAUCAGCCGAUCUAUUGCUCUGAAAUCACUCGAAGUUUGGCGAUAGAACACUUGAAUAUUAAACCAUGUUUUCUUAUUUCAAUUCCUGUUGGUCAAAGCACCAUUAUUCCUUUGGAUGAUGCAGGGGUUGAAACGAUGACGGUCACCUUGAUCGAUGCUAAUCACUGUGCCGGCGCUGUGAUGUUGUUGUUUCAAGGUUAUUUUGGUUGCAUUCUUCAUACGGGUGACUUUCGAUACUUCAACGGAAUGCUUGACGUUCCUCCAUUCACGAAGGACAUCGUCAUCAACACGUUGUACUUAGAUAACACAUACUGCGACCCACGUUGCGAGUUUCCUUCACGAGCUGAAGCAAUCAAAAAAAUUUUAAAUAUAAUACAUGACAACCCUGGCAAGGAAGUCAGAAUUGGUCUCGAUAAACUCGGAAAGGAAGAGCUUCUUUUUGAAAUAGCUAAGGACCAAGGUGUUCCAAUUUUUGUUGAGGAAAAAUUGCGUCUCGAAGUGGCCGAGUUGCUUGGUCAUAGCGGGUUUUUCACAAGAAGUCAAGAGGACACGUAUAUUAAGGUGUUCAGUAGGCGUUCUGUAAACAGACGUGCGCUGAUGGAUUUGAAUAGGAAUGUUCGUCCAACCAUAGGCAUAUUGCCAAGCGCUUUAUACAUAGGCAGAGCAAACCCAUUUGCAGAAAGCGAUGAGAUUUUCGUUGUGCCAUACUCAGACCAUUCGUCGUUCUCCGAGCUGAAAGCGUUCGUGGCCAAGUUGCGACCUGAACGUAUCAUUCCGGUUGUUCGUAAGAACGGCCGAAAGGACGAAGACUCGCCCGACCGUUCGGACAUGACCAUAUUUGCGAAUGAAAUGUCAAGUAAUGCAGGGCCCCACAUUUUUGACAUACCUCCAACGGUUCGAGAAUUCAUGUCGGGAAGUUCCAACAACAACCGCAACACACCUUCUGUAAAACGUAAGGCCUCCACCAGCUACUUUAACAGCAGAUCUAAACGACCGUGUGGUAUUGUAUUUUCUCCUGAAAAGCAAACGGCAGCUUGCGUGGAAACAGAUAAAGUGGCAGUCCAAGAAGAAGCAAAUACCUCUAACCAGCCGCACGAAGAGACAGAUGUGGUGAACCAACAUCGUCUUCCUGUGAAUGAAGCAAGCAAGAUAUUGCAAGAAGAACGAGCUCCUUUCGACGAGGAAAUGUCAGCCAAAUCACUAGGCGACAAUGAAGUCGACAGGUCCCCUGGUUUGCCAAAACAAGGAAAAUUCUCUGAAAGCCAAAAUUUGAAACUUAGUGGAACACCUAGUAAGCGUGUGUUGCAGCUGAAGCAGAGUAUUAUUGAACAUAUCCAGCGUAUGGUUGAGAGUCCUUCUGCAGUUGCUGUCAACCCGAAGGAACCGCGAGAAAAUGCUAGCGCUGUAGAAUUACCAAAGGACACUGAAAUAUCGUUCAAUAAAAGAAACACAGAUAAAAUUAACAUUUUACCCCAAAGUGGCAAUGAAUUGCAACAGAAGCGAGAUGACGACUUGCCAAACUUGCCAGAAAUAGAAGCGAACAAGAAAUCGGAGCUUCCGGUAAGCCUGGACCAACCGAGAGAGAUGCAGCUUGAGUUGAGUUCCACAGAACAUACCGAAGCAUUGAAUGACUCCAACUUUACAUCGUGUGGUUCACAAACUACAUCAAAUGGUCCGGAAACGCGCGAUCCACUGGCAACCGUGCGCAGAAAUUCAGGCAUUGAACUUGGUCAUUCUGAAGGCAAAGUCGAAAACACGUCGAUCAGUUCGAAAACCUCAAAUGAGUAUAACCCACUAGAAGCUGAUGUUUCAGUGUCGAAAUCUGUAAAAGUUGUUGAACCGCAAGUAAAUGAGGCUGAAAAUAUCCUGGGAAAAUCUGAGCCCCAGUUGGUCCAGCAAGGUGUCCAAAGUGAUGUUUGCAACUCCCCAAUAGGGAAUGGUGGCGAAACUAAGAAUGGAGAGAGCGAAAUGGUAAACCUGGACCAACCGAGUGAGAUGCAGAGUGAGUUGAGUUCCACAGAACAUACCGAAGCAUUGAAUGACUCCAACUUUACAUCGUGUGGUUCACAAACUACAUCAAAUGACCCGGAAACACGCGAUCCACUUGCAACCGUGCGCAGAAAUGUAAGCAUUGAACUUGGUCAUUCUGAAGGCAUAGUCGAGAACACGUCGAUCAGUACGAAAACUUCAAAUCAGUAUAACCCACUAGAAGCUGAUGUUUCAGUUUCUAAAUCUGAAAAAGUUGUUGAACCUCAAGCAAACGAGGCUGAUAAUAUCCUGGGAAAAUCUGAGCCCCAGUUGGUUCAGCGAGAUGUCCAAAGUGAUGUUUGCAACUCCCCAAUAGGGAAUGAUGCCCAAACUAAGAAUGGAGAGAGCGAAAUGGUAAGCUUGGACCAACCGAGUGAGAUGCAAAGUGAGUUGAGUUCCACUGAACAUACCGAAGCAUUGAAUGACUCCAAUGUAAAGACAUCGUGUGGUUCACAAACUAUAUCAAAUGACCCGGAAACGCGCGAUCCAAUGGCAACCGUGCCCAGAGAUUCAAGCAUUGAACUUGGUCAUUUUGAAGGCAUAGUCGAGAACACGUCGAUCAGUACGAAAACCUCAAAUCAGUGUAACCCACUAGAAGCUAAUGUUUCAGUGUCUGAAUCAGAAAAAGUUGUUGAACCUCAAGAAAAUGAGCCUGAAAAUAUCCUGAGAAAAUCUGAACCCCAGUUCGUGCAGCAAGAUGUCCAAAGUGAUGUUUGCAACCCCCAAAUAGGGAAUGAUGCCCGAACUGAGAAUGGAGAGAGCAAAAUGGUAAACCUGGACCAACCGAGUGAGAUGCAGAGUGAGCUGAGUUCCACAGAACAUACCAAAGCAUUGAAUGACUCCAACUUUACAUCGUGUGGUUCACAAACAAGAUCAAAUGAUUCGGAAACACGCGAUCCACUGGCAACCGUGCGCAGAAAUUUAGGCAUUGAACUUGGUCAUUCUGAAGGCAUAGUCGAGAACACGUCGAUCAGUACGAAAACCUCAAAUCAUUAUAACCCACUACAAGCUGAUGUUUCAGUUUCUAAAUCUGAAAAGUUGUUGAACCUCAAGCAAAUGAGGCUGAUAAUAGCCUGGGAAAAUCUGAGCCCCAGUUGGUGCAGCAAGGUGUCCAAAGUGAUGUUUGCAAGUCCCCAAUAA